AUGCAGAAACACUACCCCGUGCACUAUAAAUACCUUCCCUUUACCCUUUCAUCUCGUUUUCUUCUCCGUUUCUCUCCAACCCUCCACUCUGUCUCCACUCUGGUUACCACUACAAACUCAUUUUGGCUCUGCCUUCCCGCCAAAACAUCCUCUGUGAUCACCAAGGAUUCGAGGUUCACCCUUGAAUUCUUGAACCUUCUUGUUGUUCGGUAUCUUCUUCACACACUCAGUCACCUUUACCCCGCGUGUGAGAGAUCCUUGCAGCAAAAGUGGAGUGAGAUUUCAUUUGAAGCGCAUCCAAGGUUGGCCAUAUUCUCUUCUCUUUCUCUCCCUCUAGGGGAAUAUAUCUCUAGAAGAAAAGCAAAAGUUGUUAGUUGUUACCCAUAA